AUGCCAGGAAAAUCAUCGUGUAUAGCAGUACUUUCCAGAUCUGUUACAGCAAGUGCAACAUUGUAUAAUCAUGUUAAGGAUUGUCUUUUAGAGCGGAACAAAUCUAUAGAAAUAAUAGAUAUGUUUCACCGCUCUAUAGAUGAGAAAAGCAGCCUUAGAGUGUUCGAAACAUUUAAAAUGCAAGAAAGCAAUCUUCGCUGUCUCUUCGCAACUGUUGCAUUUGGGAUGGGAAUACAGAUCAAAGACAUACAAAUUGUGGUACAUUGGGGGCUGCCAAAAUCAGUUAUGAGUUACUGGCAGGAGGUAGGGAGGGCAGAUAGAGACGGACGGCAAUCAUAUGCUAUUUGCUAUGCGUAUGGUAGGUCUAUGAUUAAGAAGAACACAGAUGAAAGCAUCAUUAACAUUGCCAAAUCUUCCCUGCAAAAAGAGAGGUGUGUGAGAUAUGGAAUUUUGAAACACAUGUCAAUUGUGGGAAUGAGAGAUAUGCCUUUAUCUGAAAAUGGAAGGGAUUGUGACGGUAGUGGGGAGUUGUGUCCAGCAGUCAAAUGUUGCUCAUUCUGUUCUUCACGCUGUAAAUGUAACACUUCCACAAUUGAAAUUGAAGAAGAACUUGGAAUUUAAUUGUAUUUAAUGUCACCAUGUUGGUUGAAUUUUUUAAACAAAUAUAUGUUUCAUUAAAUAUAAAUAAUGUAUCAAUAUUCUAAAAACAAUUAGUAAACUGUAUAAUUCAUGAUGCAUGUAAAUAUUAUGAUCACUCACUGAGAAUUUCUAUCACUAAGCUUACUUUUUUCACAAAUUAUACAUAUUAAGCCUACUGUUUUUAUUUUGGAAGUCAAUUUAAAUCUGAAUUAAUUGAUUAAUUAGUUAAGUAAAUUGAAAUUUAUCUUAUAAUAUCUUCGCAUGAAUAUUGUUUUUUAAUCACGCUUUACUUGAACACAUAGUUUGAUGUAUAAUAGCAAUUGGUUCAGAAUCUCAUAAAAGAAAACAGAGACUAUAGGAACUCUUUUAUACGAGGAGGUAAACAAUUACGUCACGGGAGCCAUAUUUUGAACGUUGUUUUCAGUGAGUGUGUUUAUGUUGGGAUUUACAUGCCUAAACGGUGAGCAAAGUAGAAAUAAUAGUGAUAGUGAGGUAAAGAAACAACCAAAUAACUAAUCUGAAGCGAACAGCAAUGUGGUCUAGGUGAAUAAUUCUUGCUAUAGUAGACCAAAGUUGGGACUUAAUCUCCAGACAUGAAUUAUUAGUAGUUGUCCAGGGAUUCUGCGACGGCGUCAGUCCAAAUAUCUAGCCUAGCA